AUGGCUGUGACGAAGGACCAGCAGAAGGCCGCGGAGGCUCCCAAAGACGCCAAAGCGAAGGGCAAGAAGGAUGUGCCGACUGAUCCUGAUGCAGACUUGUCGGAGGAGGACCUGGAGCUCAAGAAAAACCUCGAGCUGAUGGUGCAGCGGGUGUCCGAUGGCGACUCUGGCGUGCAGAAGUCAGCGUUGGACGCCAUAUGCAACGAGAUCCAGUCUUCUACUAGCGCGAUGAGCGCCGUUCCCAAGCCCCUGAAGUUCCUGGUGCCACACGUCGACACGCUCAAGGCAGCGUUCGACGCAAUGGCGCCCGGCGCGGCCAACCGUGCGGCGCUUGCCGACGUCCUUUCCGUCCUGGCCAGCACUGUCGCGGGGAAGGAGGGCGAGCGGCUGGGGCUGCGCUACAAGCUUGCCGGCAGCCUGGAUAACCUGGGCCAGUGGGGACACGAGUAUCUGCGUCAUAUCAGCGGCGAGAUUUCGGAGGAGUUCAAGGUGCGGCAGGAGGCGGGGGGCGAUGUGUCGGACCUCAUGGUUCUGGUGGACCAGAUCGCGCCGUACCAUAUGUCCCACAACGCCGAGCCCGAGGCGGUGGACCUGCUGCUGGAGGUGGAGCGUCUUGACAUGCUGGAGGGCCUCUGCGACGACAAGAACUACGGCAGGACGUGCCUGUACCUGGUGUCGUGCUGCAGCUACCUGCCCGAGCCCGACGACACCGCGGUCCUCGAGAUUGCGCACCGCAUCUACACCAGGAUGGGCAAGCACCACGACGCUCUUAGGGUGGCGCUGCGCAUCAACAGCCCGGAGGUGAUCUCUGGCACGUUCGCUGGCUGCGCGGACCCCCUCGAGAAGAAGCAGCUCGCAUACCUGCUGGCGCGGCAUGGCCAUGCCCUGGACUUGGAGGACGGCCCGGCGGCGGUGGAGGACGAGGCCCUCCGGGACAGCCUGCGGGAGAUCAUCAGCAACAGCAAGCUGUCGGAGCACUACCUGGCCCUGGCGCGUGAUCUGGACGUGAUGGAGCCCAAGGUGCCCGAGGACGUCUACAAGAGCCACCUCAUAGAGGGCCGCCAGCCGCAGGGCCCGGCGGUGGACAGCGCGCGCCAGAACCUGGCCUCCACCCUGGUCAACGCCUUCGUCAACGCCGGCUUCGGCACCGACAAGAUGGUCACGCCCAGCAGCGAGGGCAGCGGCGGCGACAACGACCACGGCAAGACCGCGGCCACGGCCAGCCUGGGUCUGAUCAGCCUGUGGGACGUGGAGGGCGGCCUCCCUGCCAUCGACAAGUACCUCUACUCAACCGACCAGUUCGUGGUGGCGGGGGCGCUGAUGGCCAUCGGCAUCGUCAACUGCUGUGUGCAGAACGAGAACGACCCAGCCUUCGCCCUCAUCUGCGACUACGUGACCAACACGGACCCCGGGGUGCGCGCUGGAGCUGUGCUGGGCCUCGGCCUCGCCUAUGCCGGCACGCGGCGCGAGGAGGUGGCUGAGCUGCUGGUCCCGCUGGUCAUAGACACAGACGUGUCCAUGGAGGUGUCCGGUUUUGCGGCGCUGUCGCUGGGCCUGGUGUUUGCGAGCAGCUGCAAGGAGGACCUGGUGGAGGCCAUUCUCACGGGCCUCAUGAGCAGGUCGGGGGAUGUGUUGGGGGGUGAGGCGGAGCUGUCGGGUCCUUUUGCCAAGUACCUGGUGCUGGGGCUGGGCCUGCUGUUCCUCGGCAAGCAGGAGACUGUGGAGGCGACUGUCGAGAUCGUCAAGACCCUCAGCGAGCGCGUCAGCAA